AAAAGGGGAAAAUAAAAUUUGAAAAAUUAUUUGAAUUUAAUUUUCCAUUUCGGGAAACAAAAAACAAAAAUGCUUUUGAACGGGAACGAAAAAAGGGUCGUUUGUGGUCGUUUGUUCAUAUUCCGAGACCGGAUGUGGUUACUUUUUUGUGGCAAAAGCGCCAGUGAAGUUAUAGCUGCCCGGGGGAAAAUAAAUACUUGCUGCUGCGUAAUUGAGCUUAAGCAAGGACAUGGAGCCAUAUGUUGUUUUCAGAAACAAUAAAAGAGUCUCUCUCAGGGAAGAAGACAUGACUGCAGAAAAACUAAGCCGGAUUUUUCAGGUCACAGCUCAUAGUCUUUACAUGACUGACGAUGCUAAUGUGGCAGUUUUUCCUGGAGCUUCUGGUGCAUUCAGCACAUUGGACCUUAGUCCAAGAGGUCACUAUGAGGUUCACGGUGAGGAGGACACCUCAUGUGCUUCACCAUCCACUCAGCGCUUCACAUUCAUGCGAACCUCUGCAACUACUCCUGGUCCAGCUUUGGAGCGUGCUGCCUUAGCCCCACCACCGCCACCCAGAGCCACUGCCUCAAAAACUUUUCAAAGAUCAAUUUUUCUUGCUGAGGUGGUUGGUGGGAGGUUGAGUCCGAGCAGAAUGGUGGUGGUCCGGUUUUUGGAAUGUGAGGCUACCCUUCAGGGGAUCAUCGGAAAAGUGCAAGAUGCGAUAGGAAGUCAUGACCCCAUCGUAUUGACUGAUGCACAGGGCAACGCAAUCCUGGAGUCUGAAGGAACAACAGGAUCACAGUACUGGAAACAAAAUGCACGAAAGAUCCUUGCAGUACAAGAACAGAGCUUCCAGGUGUUGCAGGGCAACAAAAGGAGGAGAAUGAGUAGCAGCCGAAAAGAUGAAGAAGCUGCAGGUAUUGGAGAGGUCACUGAGAAGAUAGAAGAGCUUCUACUGGCAUCACAGAAUCUACCUGAUGUCACUGCAUCAAUCAGAGAACUCACCAAUCUAGCUGCCACUCAAAAAAGUUCAUUGAGGAACCAGUCUUCACACAGUGUUGCCAGAGCAUUAUUGGCUGCAAAACAUGUGUGGAACAGUGGCAGGAAACCUCGGUGCACUGUGCAAAAUGUAGAGUGAACACUGCAGGCAACAACAUAUUGGAAGUGAAUGGUCUGUCAGAGGCAUUUUCUGUUCUGAGUUCCCUUUUUCAAGAGGAGUAACUAUUUGCACUUUAACACCCACCAAUAGGUUGUAAAACACGUUUAUUACAGUUUUUUUGCAAAGAUUAAAACAUGUGGGUCAGAGUUUUAGUAAUGAUGACAAUUGAAUUACACGCUUCACUGUUUAAUGUCAUAUAAAUGUUUAUUGUUCUUAUUACAAAUUUACAGUCUCUAAGUUAAAUAGAGCUACUGGCUUUUCACACAUUGCGCUGAGUUGUUGUUAUAAGACAGAGCAAUGCCUGUUUGUAGGGAGCAAAAUCAUUGUUGACUGCUCGAGACAUUAAGUUGGAGAUAUCAGAAUAUUGUUCAGCAAACUGGUGCUCAACUGUAAUCUUCUCCUGUUCAGUUGAAAAUGGAUCAACUCCAAAAGUUGAAUGUCUCGUCAGUGAGGUUCCAAACUGCAGAUUGUAAAGGUCUGCUGCUUCACCCGAACGAGGCAACAGCUCCUGUGGGAUU